AUGUUUAAUUCAAUACAAGGUGAAUGUUCUGGUGGUAUAUGGCCUAUACAAGACACAACUAUUGGUUCAUUUACUGUUUCAUGGCGAUACGAUAUGGCUUCAAAUACAGUUCAAUUCAUUAUUCAAGGACAAGCAAUUGCUAGUAUCAAUCUUACAUCGACUUAUAUUGCAAUUGGAUGGUCUGAUACAGCACCAACUAUGAUAGAAAAAUAUCAUAUUAAUAAUAUGGAUGUAGCAAUGUUCUUUCCUGGAACUCAGACAGUUCAAGAUCGAUUUUCUCAAGGACAUACUGUACCGUCAAUUGAUAGUCAACAAGAUUUUUGUGUUAUUCGAACAAAUCUUACUGAUAAAUAUAUUUAUGUUGCAUUUGAACGAUUCCUUACAACAGGAGAUAUACAUGAUAUUAGUUUUAUUUCAAAUCUCUAUCUUAUGUUUUCAAUGGGUUCGUAUACAUUAUCAAACGGUACAAAUAAUUUCAUUCCUCAACGUCAUUUUUUUCGUAUUCCACUACAAACCAGUAUAAGUCUUAUUAAUUGUGUUUCAAAUGAUUGCUUAACAACAAGUUGUACCAUAUCAUCAUGUUCAUGUUUACAACAGAUUAUAUCGGACUUAGCACAAUGUAUUUGUUUUCCACCAUCAUCAUGUAUUUCAGGUUCAACAAUUACACCAAGGCCAACAACAUCUACUUUAGCAACAACUUCAUUAACUUUACCGUUAUCUACAAUUAUGAAUGGUUCGUGUCAAGAUCAAACAAAUCUAUGUUCAGCCAAUGGUGCAUGCCUUCAAACAUCAACAACACAAUACAUAUGUCAAUGUAAAAAUGAUUAUACAGGUGUACUGUGUCAAAUACCAUUAUUUUCAAAUAAUACCACGAAUAUGAAUUGCCAAUGUGUUAAUGGAGGAACUUGUUUAACCAAUGGAACUUGUUUAUGUACAAAUCUUUAUCGAGGAAAAUUUUGUCAAUUAAAUAAUCCUUGUAUUGAUUAUUGUCGUAACAAUAAUACUUGUUCGGUUAUUUGUACAGAUACAUCAUGUAAUUUACCAAAUUGUACUUGUACAAAUAGUUAUACUGGUAAACAAUGUGAGACAAUUGUUAGUGGUGUAUGUCAAUCGAAUCCUUGCAGUUAUGGAAACUGUGUAACAUUGACAAAUGAAAGUUUUCAAUGUGAAUGUAAUUUUGGAUUUUUUGGAAGUCGAUGUGAAUUGAUUAAUAGUUGCUUAUCAAAUCCAUGUAAUCAAGGGACUUGUAUAGCAUCAUCAAACUGUUUAGAUUUACGUUGUAGUUAUUCAUGUCUUUGUCCAAAUGGAACAACAGGUCAAAAUUGUGAAAUCGGUGGAAAUCCAUGUUUAAGUACACCAUGUAAAAAUAAUGGUAGCUGUUCUUUAUUAUCAAAUACUUAUUCAUGUCAAUGUAUAUUACCAUAUGGUGGUACAAAUUGUGAUUUAAUUAUAAAUGUAUGUACACCAAAUCCAUGUUUCAAUAAUGGUAUUUGUGUUCGAAGUUCAAAUAUAAAAGAUGGAACAUAUAUAUGUAAUUGUCAAAAUGGUUAUGUUGGUACAAGAUGUGAAUAUAUAAGCGGUUGUAUUUCUUCGCCAUGUCGUAAUGGUGGUCAAUGUAUUUCAUCGACUACUAAUUGUUUUUCGACAACAUGUUCUAUUAGUUGUAUAUGUUUGAGUGGUACAACUGGAGUUUAUUGUGAACAACAAGAUACUUCAUGUUUUAUAUUUCCUUGUCUUCAUGGUGGAACAUGUCUAAUAAAUCCAAUAACUAAUAUGUCUUAUUGUCAAUGUCGAUCAAACACAAUCGGUGCUCGAUGUGAAACAAUUCAAUCAAUAUGUACAAGUACAAUUUGUUUAAAUAAUGGUGUGUGUUAUAUAGAUGCAACAUCUGGUAAUAAUGCAUUAGGAUGUGUAUGUCGUCCAGGUUAUACUGGUCAAUAUUGUCAAUCAUUUAUAAAUUCUUGUUCACAAAACCCUUGUGGAUACAAUGGUACUUGUUUUCCUAUGUCGAAUUCAUCUUAUUAUUGUAUUUGCCCAAAUGGUUUACUUGGUCAAUCAUGCAAAUCAAAUAUAUUAACAUCAUGUUCAGAUUCACCUUGUCAUUAUUUAUCAACAUGUGAACAAAUAUCAAAUACAAAUUCUAUAAAUUAUCAAUGUAUUUGUCCUGAUUAUUUAACUGGUGAUCGAUGUCAAUAUACAAAUAAUUGUCAAAAAAAACCAUGUUAUAAUCAAGGUAGUUGUAUAUCACUUGGUUCACAAAAUAGUUUUAUGUGUUUAUGUCAACCGGGUUAUGGACAUUAUGAUUGUUCAAUAUAUUUGGGUUUAUUAUGUAAUUCAAAUGUAUGUUUAAAUGGAGGUACAUGUGAUUAUAAUAAUACAAAUAUGCGUUGCAUUUGUCCAACGGAUUUUGCAGGAGCACGUUGUGAAUGGAAUUCGGUUUGUUCGACAAAUACGUGUUUAAACGGUGGAACUUGCAGACAAAUAGCUGCAACAAUGGCUGAAUGUUUAUGUGCAACUGGUUUUACUGGUCCAACAUGUAGUUUACGUGAUUCUUGUGCUAAUUUUCUAUGUAAAAAUGGUGCUGGCUGUAAAACAUUACUUACUGACACAAGUACUAAUUGGUCAGCAUAUCGUUGUGUUUGUCCACCAGGAUUUUAUGGACAAAAUUGUGAUACAUCUGUAACUUCAUGUGCUAAUAUGCUUUGUCCUGCAUAUAAAAUAUGUAAUGAACAACCAACAGGACCUGUAUGUACAUGUCCGGGAAAUAAAGUUGGAACAUUUUGUCAAUAUGGUAAGUAA